GGCAAUACUGUCUAAUUGUUCAUCAUAAAAACUACUUAUCCAUGUAAAUGUCAAGAUGAUUCAUUCAAUCAAGUCAUAAGAUUCCAACAUUCAAAAUAACUCCAUUGAGUUUUUCAAAAAAUUGUUAUCAUUUUUAAGAUCAGGUAACUGUCAAUUCAAGUCACAGGCUAAUGGAUUUUGUGAAACGCUUUUUUGGCUUUAAAGGUAGUGAUUCCCAUAAUUAUCAAUAUCCGCAUCAAUUUAAUGAAGAUUUUAAAAGUCUUUUUGACAAUUUUGAAGAGAGCGCAAAUGUACCAAAAGGGUUUGAUGCAAUAAGGGACCCAUUCGAAAUGCAUAAAUAUUUUGAGGAACAAAUGGAUCAUAUUCUUCGUAACUUUGGACUUCAUGAUUUUGGAACUAAUUUUCGUCUGUUUCGCACUCCAGCGCUCGAUGAAGGUGAAUAUGAUCAAAAUUCAGAUUUAAGGGAACAUUUUUUAAAAAAAGGAUACAAAGUUGAACCAACCAUAAAGAAACAAGACACUGACCUUGACGCCGAUUUACAAGCGGGAAAUUUAGAUUUAUUCCUAGAUAACAAUAAAAUAUCUAAAAAAUUACCUCCUUUUAAAGAACAGGGAACACCACAUUUCUUUCAACAAUCUGUCAGUGUAAAAAGCAUUAGAAAGCCUGAUGGUACUAUUGAAAUUCAGCAAACAAUUAAGAGUAAUGAUGGUGCUGAAGAAACCACUAUCACCCAGCGAAAGGGCAACAAAGAAUAUUCUGUGAUUACAAGAAAAGACAAACAUGGACAGGAAGAAGUUGUAGAAAAUUUACUUAAUAUGGAAGACGCUGACAAAGAAAAGUUUCUUUCUAGAAUUACCCCGUCCAUUAGUGAUAAUCCCAGCAACCUCUAUGAUAGAUUUUUUGGGAAGACAUCAUAAACUAUUACAAUAUUAUAAACACAAUGUAGUUGACUAAUAUCAACAUUUAGCCUAAUAGAAAUUUUUUGAUUUAAGGAAAGUUUUUUUACAUUAUGUAAUUUUAAUUCUUAUUAUUGAGCCCCAGUUUAAGAAUAAUUAUAUAUUUGUUUAUAUAUAUUAUUUGUUUAUAUAGAGCCAAAGAAAAAAAGUUUGAACCCAAAAGAAAAGAUG